AUGGCUUCAACCGCCAAUUCAGCAUCCGCUGCCAAUCGGGCCUCCGCCAACAACCUGAACCCUUCCUCACAGAACGCUAGCGGUGCUCGGCAAUCUCUACGAACAAAUGCAAGCUUAAAGGGCGAUGUCAAUCGACGACAGUCUGCUAGCCCUGGCGAUGGUGGUCCGAGACGCUCUAGCUCCCAAAAGGCCUGGACUCAGGGUUAUAAUCCACUCCUGCAGAAGCCUUCUUCUCUACAAAACGGCAGCAAUGUCCCAUCGAAAUCGACACCAUCGUCGAAACCAAGCUCACCCAAGGAACCCACCUCUGAUCGACAUGCCCACGACCGACUUCGCUUCCUGCUGACGAGCUUUACCGGUCUCCCCGCUACCAUUGUCACUAAAAACGGCGAGAAGUUUAGCGGUGUAUUCUCAUCCUCGACUCUCCAGCCCAAUGGCUCGACCUUCCUGCUGAAAAUGGUACAGCGUGUGGCUACUCAGCUCGAACCUCAUGCUAAUGGACUGAGCGAUGUCACAACUCCUUUCAUUGGAUCUGCCGCCGACCACAGUAUGAAAUUCAACGUCGAGGAAAUAGAUGAUAUUAUUGUGAACAACGUCAUUACGUCAGAAGUUGUCGUUAAGGAAUCCAAUGGCGCCCAAACCGGUUUUCGUACCGACACAGAUAUUUCGGGAGGUCUUGCCAUGCGCGAGAGGAAUCUGCAACGUUGGGAACCUACCGCCACCGACCCUAGCGUGGAUAUGUCUCUAGAGGACUCUGGGACAGGGGGCUGGGACCAGUUCGAAGCAAACGAGCGUCUUUUCGGUGCCACAACCAAUUACGACGAAAAUAUCUACACCACUCGAAUUAAUCGUAACGACCCUCUAUAUAAAAGGAAGGAGGCUGAGGCUGCUCGGAUAGCACGGGAGAUUGAAGGCACGGCAACGGAAAAUUCACACAUGAGAGAAGAGCGUGGCCAUGCAGUAGAAGGCGAAGGUCAUGACGAGGAGGAGAAAUAUAGUGGAGUCCGUCGUGGUGAUGCGGGCUACCUCCCCUUGCAGACCGGACAACCGAAUAAGUAUACGCCUCCGGCUCGACGACAGCCCGCUCAGCAGCCAGCUACUGCUUCCCCAGUCACCGCUGAUCCAGCUAUCAUAUCCGCGCAAUUAGCUAAUCCCAACGCCGCAACGAAGGCCCCCGUGCCAGCGAAGCCAGCAAUUGCAUCCGAUGCCGUCGCCGAAAAGCAGCCCACUCCAUCUCAACCAGUGCCAUCACUGGCAAAUGUCCCACUCAAACGCCCUGGAGCCGCUGAAAAUGCCACCUCAAAUGUGGAAACUGAAGUUCUGGAUCAUUUCCGACAAUUUGCAAACAACGAAAAACUGAGGAUGCAAGAACGUCGACGCAAUCAGGCUUCUCACGACCGCACUGUCAAGUUGAAUGAGCUCAUGAAAUUCUCGCAAAACUUUAAGCUUGCUACUCCAGUACCCAAGGAUCUUGUGCCCAUACUUGCGAAAGACCCAACUAAGCAGGAGGAAAUCAUCGAGCGGGCGCAGCGCCAGGCGGACGAAAAAGCGGCUUCUAAAACGGCGACACAGGUCGCACCUGCCGCAGAGCAGAAGCCUAGCGCAGCUCGAGCUACGGCACCUCGCAAUGAGACUGGAACAGCGACAAUUCCUCCAUCAGCACCAGCCGAUCGUCAGAACCAUCAUCGUGGACGACAGGCGUAUCCUCCUCAAGGACCUCACUUUGCACUCGGCGGAAGAGGUCCCCCUCAUAACUUCCAAGGCGGCGGCCGUGGUACUCUUAGCACGCGUCUAGCCGACAACUUCCGCCAACAGAAGAAUGCCCUUGGGCCAGUUCCAGCACCUCUACCUAUCCACGAAGCUCGGAUCCCUCCUUCUGGUCCGUCAGGAGACGUUGUGGCCAAAUCACAGUUGCAGACUCCUACAACCACCAAGUUCAAUGUACGGGCGAUGGAGUUCAAACCUAAUCCAGCUGCAAGCACAUUUACCCCUAGCGGGGCUGGGAAUACUGGUACUACCGCCAGUCCCCAGCUGAGCUCCCGUGGACGCUCGGUAUCGCGUACUAGCACACCGUCGGCCUUUUUCGGCUCCAAGAAGCCGUUGUCCGCGGCUGAGCGGCCAUCUUUGAAGGAUCAAUGUUCUCCUAUGGAACGCUUGAAGAAAGAAGGAGAAGAACAGAAAGAUAAAGAUUUCACUUUUAACGGCGGGAUUCCACCGCCAUAUCGGACCGCACCUACUUGGGAUGUGGCUCCUGGCAACGAGGAGAAGACCUUUGGGGACAUGUUCAAGAGUUCCCUUCCGGCAAUUUCUCCUCAAAGUCGUACUGUUUCAAGUUCGCACAUUCCUCAUCCCUCGCAAAUUCCCUUCCAUGGUCAACAAAACACUCCAAACUUACAUCCUGCAGGUGGUCCUAUGCAUGGCCCCCCUCAUCUUCACCAACAGCAUCCAAAUUCUCAUUUCGAUGACCCGCACCGUAUGCAACUGUCUGUGUCGACCUCUCAUAUGUUCCCAUCGCCGAGACUGCAGCAUGCGUACCCUUCGCCAAUGGCACCACAUGCUCAAUUGGCUUACGGCCAGCCCGUGCCACAGUUCUACGUCAACCAAGGUGGCUCGCAGCCCAAUCAUAUGCGCCAAUACCCCGGUGGACCUCAAUUUGUCAACCCUCAAAAUGGUAUGGCUGCACCGAUGAUGGUUCAACAACCUUCAGGUGGCCCAUAUAUGGGGGUUCCACAAGGCAUGAAUGGGCAUUACAACCCUCAAAUGCAAAUGUAUUCCCCUAACCCAUCAUUUGCUUAUCCGCAGCACAAUGGACCUCCACCUCAACCCCAUAGUGGAUAUCCAAGCCCUAGUCGGGGUGCUCCUAUGAUGAUGCAUCAGGGCUCGCAACCUGGUCAGCCACCACAGCCUGUCAUGUUCAUGAACUCUGGCCAACAGGCACAGCCAGUGUACGCGCCACAGCAGCCCGGUCAUGCCCCCCAUCGCGGAUACCCACAACCCCAAUACGGCUCUCAUCAAUCUCAACACUACCCGCCCCAUCAGCACCGUGGUCCCGGGAAUAAUUAUAGCCCAAUGCAACAUGUUCCUCCUCAAAUGCCAGGCCAACAACCUUCCGCAGCCGCCGCCGUCCCACCGCCCACCGAAGCAUCAGAUGAUGCUAAAUGA